AACCAGGAAGUGAUGGAGAUGGUGCGGAAGAGGCAGCUGCUUCCCUGCCCGGAGGAUUGCCCCCCUCGCAUGUACAUGCUGAUGGCCGAGUGCUGGCAGGAGGGUCCCACUCGACGGCCGAGAUUCAAAGACAUCCACACCAGACUACGUGCUUGGGAGUGUCUGUCUUCCCACGCCAGCUCCAGCACACCAUCAGGAGGCAACGCCACCACCCAGACUACCUCUCUGAGCGCCAGCCCCGUCAGCAACCUCAGCAGCCCGCGCUAUGCCGGAUACAUCUACGGACCUCCACAGAGCCUUGUACCGGGACAAAUCGCGGGCUUCAUGGCAGCGCCAAUGCCUCAAAACCAGCGUUUUAUACCUGUAAAUGGAUACCCUAUCCCAACAGGCUAUGCUGCCUUCCCUGCUGCCCAUUUCGCUCCAACUCAGGGCCCUCCACAGAUGGUGCAGCACGGCCCUCCGCCGAAGAGCCGGUCACCCAGCAGCGCCAGCGGCUCAACCAGCACAGGUCACAUGACCAGCAUCCCCUCCACAGGCUCCAAUCAUGACGCCAAUACUCCUUUGCUUUCUCAUUGUGUCACACUGACACCCAUGACAGCAGUGUCAGGUGGCACAAUGCCAGUUUUUGGACAUAUGGCACAGAAGACUAUGCAAAUAGACCCAAGUCAAGCAGUGUUGCUGGCUGACACUAACAGACGGAUGUACAGUGACUCCAUCAUUACUGCCGAUUUGUGA